GUGAUAUCCCGACGCCUUUAUGGCCCUAUCUGGAAGUCAACCUUUGGGCAUUAUCAGAACAUCAACAUCGGGAGCCCAGUGGUGCUGGAGCAGCUGUUACGGCAGGAGGGCAAGUACCCCAUGCGGAGUGACAUGGCCCUGUGGAAGGAGCAUCGGGACACCCGGCGCCUCCCCUACGGACCCUUCACUGAGGAAGGGGAGCGCUGGUACCGCCUGCGCCAGGUCCUCAACAGGGUGGUGUCAGACCGGAUGGUGCGGCUGCGGGAGGAGCGGAGCCGUAGCCCCUCAGGAGUGCUGGUGGGGGACGUGGCCAACCUGCUCUAUCGCUUUGCCCUGGAAGGGAUCUCCUAUAUCCUCUUUGAGACCCGCAUCGGGUGCCUGAAGCAGCAGGUCCCUGCUGAGACCCAGCACUUCAUUGACUCCAUCAACCUCAUGUUCAAGAACUCCAUCUUCGCCACCGUUCUGCCCCGAUGGAGCCGCAAGGUGCUGCCCUUCUGGGACCGCUACUUGGACAGCUGGGACACCAUCUUUGCCUUCGGCAAGACCCUGAUUGACCGAAAGAUGAAAGAGCUAGAGGGACAAGUGGAGCGUGGCAAGGAAGUGUCCGGCUACUUGAGCUACCUGCUCGCCAGUGGCAGACUCAGCCUGGAUGAGGUCUAUGGCAGUGUGGCUGAGCUGCUGCUCGCUGGUGUGGACACGACCUCCAACACGCUCUCCUGGGCCUUGUACCACCUCUCCCGGGACCCAGGCAUCCAGGAGACCCUGUACCAGGAGCUGAAAGCUGUUGUGCCUGCCGACCGGUUUCCUAGCGCCGAGGAUAUCCCCAAGUUGCCAAUGCUUCGGGCCGUUAUCAAGGAGACACUGAGGGUCUACCCUGUGGUGCCCACCAACGCCAGAGUCUUCUAUGAGAAGGACAUUGUCAUUGGAGACUACCUCUUCCCCAAGAAUACCCUCUUUGUCCUGGCGCACUAUGCGAUGUCCCACGAUGAGACCUAUUUCCCUGAGCCUGAGCGGUUCCUGCCCCAGCGCUGGCUCCGGGGACAUGGCUCCCCCCAUUACCCCUUCAGCUCCAUUCCAUUUGGCUAUGGGGUUCGCGCCUGUGUCGGACGCCGCAUUGCUGAGCUGGAGAUGCACCUGGCCCUUGCCAGGAUCAUCCAGGCAUUUGAGGUGCGGCCAGACCCCCGCGGUGUGGAGGUGAAGUCCGUGUCCCGCAUUGUCCUGGUGGCCGACAAGCCCAUCAACCUGGAGUUCAUCGCUCGCCCAGGAGCCCCCUGA